UACCGGUCUCAGAGGGACUUCUGUAGGACUUCUGACUACCAGCUGGUUGCUGGCUUUAGCGGGGAGGCCGAAAGACGGGGGGAUAACGAUGCGUGUGUGCAGCGUGUGCCUUCGUUUGUGGUAAUGCUUGCUCCACGCAGCGCUGGGAGGUCACAGCCGGGUGUGAAGUAGGCUGUGUAGGUAGCGGUGUGUGCUUGUGAUCGAGCUAGGAGAGGUUCAGUGAGGGGGCAAGAAGAGCAACAGGCUGAAGAGGAGCAAGUGGCUUGUGCUUCGGGCCGAAGGAAAUGGAUGUGACUGCGACUGCUUCUCCUGCCAGGGGGUGGGGGAUUCCUCAGGGUUUUGCUUAGUGAAGUUUCAAUUUCUUGUUGAUAAAGCAAGUUUAAAAUAUAAGGGAUGUUAAAAAAAAAAAAAAAAAAAAAAAAAGUUACAGAUGAUGUAUCUCAUGGUUUUUCGUUUCUUUUGGAGAGUAAAGAGCGUAGCACUUGGAUGUACCGCUUGGGCAAGGGAUUGAAGUGGUGAAGAUUGCCUGGUUAUUGCAGAUAUGAAUGAAGAGAAUUCGGCUGCAACAAGUGAACCUGACAAAAUGAGAGGUGGUAAUCAGAAGGCUUCUGCCUUACUGGCCCUCCUAGACAAGACUGGAUACAACAUGAUUCAAGAAAAUGGGCAAAGAAAAUUUGGUGGGCCUCCACCAGGUUGGGAAGGUCCUCCACCACCUCGUGGAUGUGAAGUUUUUGUGGGUAAGAUCCCUCGUAACAUUUAUGAAGAUGAAUUGGUCCCUCUUUUCGAGAGAGCUGGAAAGAUCUACGAGCUCAGGCUGAUGAUGGAAUUCAGUGGUGAGAAUCGAGGCUUUGCUUUUGUGAUGUACACUACUAAAGAGGAUGCCCAGCUAGCCAUCAAGAUUCUUAAUAAUUAUGAAAUUCGUCCAGGGAGAUUUAUUGGUGUCUGCAUAAGCUUGGACAACUGCAGACUAUUUAUUGGAGCAAUUCCAAGAGAAAAGAAGAAAGAAGAAAUACUAAAAGAAAUGAAAAGAAUUACAGAAGGAGUAGUGGAUGUCAUUGUUUGUCCAGAUGCCACAGACAGAACUAAAAAUCGUGGAUUUGCUUUUGUAGAAUACGAGUCACACAGAGCAGCUGCAAUGGCUAGAAGGAGGCUACUCCCAGGAACGUUCCAGCUGUGGGGUCGUGCAGUUCAAGUUGAUUGGGCAUGCCCAGAGAAAGAAGUUGAUGCAGAAACAAUGCGGAGAGUUAAAGUAUUGUAUGUAAGGAACUUAAUGAUUUCUACUACAGAGGACACAAUUAAAGCUGAAUUCAACAAGUUCAAGCCACGAGUAGUUGAACGUGUAAAGAAGUUGAGAGACUAUGCGUUUGUUCAUUUCUACAACCGAGAGGAUGCAGUUGCUGCCAUGUCUGUAAUGAAUGGAAAGUGCAUUGAUGGAGCUAGCAUUGAAGUAACGCUGGCAAAGCCAGUUAACAAAGACAGUACCUGGAAGCAACAUCUUAAUGGUCAUGUAAGCCCUUGUUCUGAAAAUCUCAUGGAAAUUCCUAGCAGAGAAGACAGUCAUCAGAAGUCCGUAGGGAAACCUGCAAGUCUUUCUCUCAGCCUUAAUGGUCAGCACAGUCCAAGCUCUCCUGAACUCGAAUGGUACCCAUACCCAUUUCUUCCAGGAGUAAAGCUUAUUCCAAUUAGCAUGUAUUCUCUAAAAUCCAGUUACUUCAGUUCUGCUGUGAUGCGUCUGGAUUAUUUUUGCUACAAAAAUAACUGGCUACCACCAGAAUACUACUUGUAUUCAACCACAAGUCAGGAUGGGAAAAUACAUUUGGUGUGCAAGGUACUUAUUCCGAGUAUUGCAGAUGGUUCGCAGAGUUGCUUCAUGUCACACAAACUCUGUACAACAUUAGAAGAUGCGAGGGAAUUGGCAGCACAAAUGGCACUUCUACAUCUAGGUCUUAGAAGAGAAGGAAUCUCUGAAACCCAAAGCCUAAUGCAUUCACUUCACUUCAGCAGCAGUCUGUUCAGUUCGCAUGAAUUGGUCACCUCCAAGAGGCUGAUAACUCUAGAUGGUCAACGUGAAGAGAAUUAUAUAUUUUUAAUAGCAAAACAGCAAAAUUUUAUUUGUAAGUUUUUAUAAAACCUAUGCCAGGUUUUGUGAACAUUAGUGCCUGUUUCUUUCUUUCUCUAGCUAUGAAAAUUAGAGUUGUACCUUUUAUAACCUGUGUAACCCCAAAUGCAAAAAGAUUUUCAAACUGGAAAUAGGGACGAGAGCUUAGCUUGUGUAAAGAACAGUGGCAGUUUCACAUUCUGUGCUGGCCAUGCACAUAUUUUGUGGCAGGAUACCUAAAAUCUGGAUAGUCUCCCACUUAUUACAUGAUGAGUGGUCUCCUGUACCUAGUGCAAAGAUAUUACUUAAAAACACAAAAAGAUAUUUGUGUUUUUAAGUAACUAUACUUGCUUGUUGCCAUAUGCAGUAGUUCUGAAGAGACAGCAGUACAACAACCUUCCACUUGGUGUCACCUGGAUAUUUUGAAAAUAGCUCGAGUAAAACACAGACUUUGAAUUUCACUGAAAGAUGAACAGAGGAAGAAAGUAAAAUAAAAUAAAAUAAUCAGGCUCGUUGAAAUAUGAGGAAAUGAUGAGUGUAGGUGUUCAGUUGAGAGAAGUGAAGAAGUGGAGCGUGGCGAUGUGCUGAAGUUCCAGAAGGAGACAGCUCACUGUUGUAGCAGUGCAGAGAGGAGCAAGGGAACGGAAUAGCAAGAAAAUUGAGUGCUCUGUAGAAGAAAUGUUGAUAACAGCUUCCAUUGUUUUUGAAUCUCAUUUCAAAUUGGUCUCUUGAAAUUGCAUGGCACCUUGGUGCUAUUCACAAGCUUUUACCAGAAAUUUUCCUCAGAAAUUGCAUAGGUAUUAUUUUAUGGGUAUAUAGAUAUUACAUUAUUUUAAAAUAGACCCACCUGAAUAGUGUCAAUUGUAAUUAUGUAUACAGGCAAAAAAGGAAUUAUGUUUUAUAUACCUGGAAUCACUUACAGUUCCAGCUUCCAGGUUUAGAUUUAAAUUAAGAACUGGAGUUGUUAUUGUAGUGAUAGUUAGACUACUUCCUGGGGCAGCCAGGAAGAGAUGCUGCGUUCCUUCCCUGAUUUGCAGAAAUUUAAGUAAUGAAUUUCAGUAACGUGUGGAUAUCUGUCACUGCUGAGGCCUCUUUCAUUUUUAAAAUGGAGAUUACUGUUUUAGUGUCAUGGGACUGGUUUUAAAAGCUUAUAAAGGAGUGCUAAAUCAGUGCUUAAUGUUAACUUUGCUGCUGGAAGCUUCUAAUCUUACUCACCCAGGAUUUGUCCUGAAGAUCAGUAUUUUUCUGUUCCUGCUGCUUGCAGUCGGGGAAUGCAAACUUUUAAAUCUGAGCCUGUGGUAGGUAGGAGAACUUGAAGAAAAGGAAAGAUGAAACAAGGUUAGACUAUGUGUAUAUGUAAAAUAAGCUGACUGAAUUGAGUCGAUCACUUCAAACUAGAAGUGGGUUUAGUGCCCUUUUCUGGUCUGUUGUUUGAGUUGAAGACAGUUUAUGAAGCAGGUCUGGCAGAACUUGGUACUUAGUAGCAAAUGUACAGCUCAGUCAAAAGGUUUAAUAUGAGAGGCUGCUGCUCUGACAGUUAGAUGUAACAAACUGUAUUAAAACAAGGAUCUAACAUACAUAUUAAAAUAGUCUUCAUUAAUACUUUGCUUUCAGGGAAGGUGAAGCAAAGGGUCAUUGUUUUAAAGCUUGUUUGUUAAAGAUAGAGUCUGAGAAAGUCUUCAGGACCAAAGAACUUUAUUUCAGGAGUAAGCUUUGUAGAAACUUAUAUAAUGAAAGGGAAAAACUGAGGUUAAGUUCUCAAUUUAUAAUUCUGUUUUCUGUGAGGUCCUAUCUGAUGUUGCUUAAACUGCUGACUGAAAAACCUUACUUAAGGAUUUCAGUUGGUGUUGGGGGGCAGAGGAAAGAGAAGAAUGCAGCAGUGGAAUAAGGCACCAAAUGCUUUUGUUACAUGCUUAUCUUAAGUCCACCUUUGAAUAGGUAAUGCAGUAUGCUUGCUGAAAUUGUCUGUUUUUCUUCUCCUCCCUCCCCCACUUUUUUCU